AAUGUCAAUGUUUGAUUCAUCGUCGAGAAUGUAUUCAUUCUUUGAUUUAGUAAUAUUUUCAUCAUCCCAUUUAUCCAAAAUAGAUAAUAAUGAAAUAAUCAAUAAAUAUUCCAAACCCCUUUUAUCCUUUACGGGUAUUCUUUCCAUAUUAUAAUACAUUACUGUUAUGCAACCCAAUGUUUUACUUUCUUGUUUAUACAUACAGACUCCUAUACCCGGAUCGUCUCCAUGCACCAUUUUACAUUCUAAUUCUCUACCAACUAGAAUAUUUCUCUUUUUCCAUACAUACUUUUCCUCCUCCCAUAGAAAUCUAUAAUCGAAUGAUAAUAUACCAUUAUCUUUUAAUUCUAUACAUUCAUCUGGCUAUAAGAGAUAACAGUUUAUUUAAUGAUAAAUAAAUAAAAUAUUAUAAAAAUUUUGAAAUAAAUUCUUACUUGGUAUAAUAAUAAUUGCUUUAAUUUUGCGCUUGAUUUUUUUCCUUGUACUUCAGCUAAUACAGCUUGAGUUAUUGGAUCAAGUAACUUAGCUACAUAAGCCCCUCCGUGAACCUAUCAUUUAUUGUUUUUUUUAAGUGAAAUAAAAAAUUUAUUUCAAUAAUAGUCUAUAUUUAAGUUCCUUCUUUCAAGUUAAUGGUACAAAACUUACUUUGUGCCUGGUUUUCGUAUAAAUAACUUCUCCCUUCCCUUGAGAUUUAGAUUCAAAUUCUCUUACUUCAAUAAUACCUUUACUUUCUCCUUUCAUUAAUACAUAGUUACAAAGAUUUCCGUGAUCCUGAAUAACCAUUUUUUUUUAUCAGUAUACUUCUAACACGAUUUCUUAACGAUUUUUUUUUUUUUUAAAAAAAAA